CCUGUGUCCCUGUCACAUUCAGUCCUGUCCAUUCUAUCUCCUCUCCUGCACCCUACAGGUUUACCCAAUCCCCUCUACCCUGCACCCUGUAUCCUGCACCUUGCACCCGCACACAUUCGCCUGGGGUCUGCACACCCGGAUAUUUCCCUCAUCCACACACGCCCAGCACAGACUGCAUGCACUGCACAGCUUUUUUCUUCUCCCUCUUCCUGCUUUUAUUUGCUUUUCCUCCCGCCCUGGCUGCACAGGCUAUGUCAGCCCAUUCCCACCCGGCGUCUCUAUCCUACCCGAUUGGGCCGAACUUUGUGGGUGGCACCUCUCUCAACCGUGUGUGCCGCAGCUGCCCUGUCUCUCGUCCCUCUCACUCACACACACACACUCUCUCUUUCUCGCUCCCCCCGCCCUUCCUCUGAGCUUGAGCCCAGGUCUGUGUGCGUCCCUUACUAUGUAAGCUUGGGUGUGCUUAUUUGCCUGCAACGGCCUCUCCUGGGGUUGCGAGGUGCCAUUAUUUAACUGUAUCUGUCCCCCAGCCCAUCUGCCACCGCCCUUUCUGUCUCCCCCCUCCUCUCAGCCUAACAUCCAACAUCCCAAACAUUAUCAGCCUCGUUGAGCUGCUCACGCUACCCUCGACCACAUUCGCUUUUUCCUAACUCUCUACUUUUAGGAAGUCCUCGUUGACUCCUGUCAUUCGCUUUCGCGUUUUUGUGUUUUCGUUUCCGUCAACUCUCGAAUCCAGACCAACCCUCGAAGCUACCCACCAUCCACACAAGAAAAACCAACAAUCUCUCCCAACCCUUUGCCAGUUCUCUCCAGCAGAAUACUCGAUAUAAAGAACAAGCAAGGUCACAAGAAAGAUACAAUAAUUCUCCAAGCCGCGCGCCCAGUUCCCCGCGGCAGCUUUGAGUAGCAACUAUCGCCCUCGCCGCCCCCUGGUCUUCAGCCUCAUCGAAUCCCCGGGAUACGCUAGCCAUCUAAAAGCCCCGCCUCUCCCACAACCCGGCUUACAACCAGCAAAUGCUUCGCCUUUGAACAUCGAUCUUUUGAUCAAUCACACUCGCUUUUUGGAUUCAGAGAGAGAACUGAAGGAAUCGGGAAACGCGGAAACUUGCUCACCUACGAUCGCUACUUAGUCAUCAGGGACUGGGAACGAAACAGAAGAAGCUGUCUCGACGAAAGGAAAAAGAGGGACGAACCAAAGGACUACAGAAAGAGACGUAAGAGGAAUCCCGCCGAGUCCCGUUAUCAAGCAUUGCUGCAUCAUUUGCAAUCGUUGUUGUCAACCCCCUUCCAACCAACCAAGGCAUCUGAGCAUCCCGCUGCCGGUCGCUUACACAUCCAACCACACUCGCGUCACUUUGCAUCGCGUGCACCGGACUCAUCGACUCAUCUUCGCGGUAUAAAAGUCAGUCUCGGGGACUCGGCACUUUGCUGUUCCCGGUAACGACACUACGCUCGCUUCCCUGCACGGCCGUCCGUCCGUGUAUAUCUUGGUUUCUUUCUAUUUUAUUUUAACACUCUCUCGACCCGCGCUCACAAUGGCCGGUCCUGGUGGUGGUCCUCCCCGCCGCAGCCACACCAAGUCCCGCAAGGGCUGUGAUACCUGCAAGCGCCGCCACAUCAGAUGUGAUGAGAGCUUCCCCCAAUGCCGCAACUGUACUAAGCAUAAGAUCCGCUGUCCCUACAACGACAUGCCCAUUCCCGAGGACAGGUCAGCGACCCCUGACAAGCCCGAUCUCAUGUGGACUCCCGAGGUCGAGGCGGCAAUCUCGCUGUGGCAACAGACGGGGCGCUUUCCUUUCCCCAACCUCAACAUCUACCCGGCGCCGAAUCCCCAGUACCUCAACGUCGAGGAUCUCCGAUUGAUCUACCAUGUGGCAUCAAUCUGCGAUGAACUGGCCGCCUUUGAUGCCAACGGCUUUACCCUCUGGACUCGUCAGAUCCCGACCAUCAUCAAGAUUGGCGCUACGAACGCCUAUGUCAUGCAUGCCCUCUUGGCCUUCUCGGCCACGCACAUUGCCUUCCUCACCGACUGCCCCCUGGUCGGCAACAUGGCAUACGAGCACCGCGGCGUUGCCCUCAAGGGCCUGCAGGAGGCUAUUGGCACAUUCAACCACGAGACAUCGGACGCCGUCUUGGCUGCCUCCCUUGUCCUGUCGUGGCAAGCAACGGACUGGCGAAGCUGGACCCAGCUCAUGCAAGGCACCUCCUCGGUCAUCGAAGCCAUGGACUCAUGGAAGCACGAGUCCCAAUUUGGCGACUUUAUUGCCGAGAGCUGCACGUUCCCAACCGCUCCCGCGUCGCCCAGCCCGGACCACAAGCCGAGCCAGCCACGCAAGGAGGACCUGGACGCCUUCAACCGCACCCUGCAGCAGCUCCAAAAGGUGGAAUCACAUCUCAAGCACAGCAAGGAGGACACCAAGUCGAUUCAGCAAUUGACCAGCUUUCUCAAGGGCGCCCGCAAGGUCAGCCCGACGCUCAACGUCUCUCAGCAGUUUGAGCGCCUGCGCCCUCUGCGCACCUGGCUGUUUUGGCUGCCCGUCAUGUACCUCAAGCAGACGGCUGGUUCGCCGAGCGCUCUCAUCAUCAUCGCCCACUACUACACGGUGGCUCUGAUGAUGGAGCGUCUCUUCCCCGAGAUCGGCGCCGCCUAUUUUGGCAGCCUGUCCAUCGGCCCCGUCGAGGAGAUCGCCCGCCGCCUCCUAUCUAUCAACAUCUCGGGCAGCCUCGACGGUGACCUGCAGACGCCCCUGACGCUCAUGGAGUUCCCCAUCGACACGGUCAACGAGUUCCGCUCACGCAUGGGCUGGAUUCAGCCGGCGCGUACGCCCUCGUUCCCGCAGUUCAACCCGCCCAACUUUUACAUGAGUGAGCCCGUGCCGCUGCCGCCGGUCAGCGACUCAUAUCUGUAUGGCCAGAACCCGGCCUUCAGUUACAGCACCGAGUCCCUGCAGAUGCUCAACGCUGAGUCGGGCCCGCCCAGCAACGUCUCGCCUCUUGUGCUGUCGUCACCCUUUGUCAACUCGCAGUACCUCAACAUCCCCAGUCCCAACUACGGCGGCUACAGCCCGGCUUCGUCGACCUUUGAGGGCUCCGUCGCCUAUAGCGACAACGAUGAGUAUGGCUCGUACGACGGCUACGACAUGAGCGGCAUGCCUACCCCCAUGGUCGGCGGCCCAAGCAACCACUUUGGCGUCGGGUUCGUCUCUCCCACCCAGCCCGUGUGGAUCUAGAAAGGCCCUGCCCCUCCUCCAUGGCACCCUCGAUAACCACUACGGCUUUCAACUCAAAGAAAUGAUGCACACCGCUU